AUGACAUUGACAGACUACGCGACAAAAAUCACAGAACUGUUUAAGACGACGACAUGACCAAAAAUUGAAAGAAUAAAACUAGUAUUUAUUUUUGGAAGUCCGUGAAUUCCUAUGUAAUUUGGCACUUUUGAUAUAUUUAUAACAUGGUGCUAAAUUUUAAAUAAAAUGUCUACUGAGAAUUGCUUAGUGAAAGCAAUAUAUUCUUUUAAGGGCAAGAAUAAUGAUGAAUUAUGUUUUAAGAAAGGUGAUAUAAUCACUGUAACCCAAAGAGAGGAGGGUGGAUGGUGGGAAGGUACUCUUGGUGAGACAACAGGAUGGUUUCCUAGCAAUUAUGUGACUGAUUACAAAGAUCCUUCUGGCUCUGUUACAACCUCACCAAUACGAGCUGCUUCUGAGAUCCAGGCAUUCAGAAAUGUUGUUCUCAAAGAUAUCAUUGAUUCUGAGAAAGCCCAUGUGGCAGAAAUGCAGGGACUCGUUAGUAACUUUCUUCAACCUUUAGAGAAAAGUAAUAUGCUUACAAGAGAUGAGUUUAAGCAGUUAACAGGCAACAUCAAUGAGGUACUCCAGAUUCAUGAGCAAUUCCUUGCACUAUUAGAAGAAUGUGCAACAAAAACAGGACCAGAUCAGAGAGUGGGUGGUCUAUUUUUACAAUGGGCACCUAAAAUUAAAGCAGUGCAUCAAACAUACUGUGCUGGUCAUCCUAAAGCUGUUUGCAUUCUUGAUAAAUAUAAGGAAGAACUGAACACAUGGAUGGAGAAUGCAGGUGCUGUUUGUCCAGGUGUGCUAGUAUUAACUGCUGGUUUGUCUAAGCCUUUCCGUAGACUUGGUAAAUACCCUGCUAUGCUGCAAGAACUAGCACGGCAUGUACAUGAAGCUCAUCCAGAUAGAGGUGAUACACAUCGGGCAUCUGUUGUGUAUAAAGAUAUUGCUAGUGCUUGUUCGGCAUUGCGUCGCCAAAAGGAACUAGAGUUACAAGUGAUAACAGGCGAAGUACGAGGCUGGCCUGGUGGAGAGUUGGCGGCUCUCGGUGACGUGCUGCACAUGGGAAGUGUUGCAGUUGGUCCAUCACAUCAGGAUCGUUAUCUCGUUCUUUUUCCUUCAUCAUUGUUGUUACUGUCAGUCAGCAAGAGAGUUUCUGCAUUUGUUUAUGAGGGUUGUCUUCCAUUGACUGGCAUAACAGUUUGCAAGCUAGAAGAUACUGAUACUAGAAAAAAUGCUUUCGAAAUCAGUUCACCCAUGAUUGACACCAUAGUAGCUGUGUGUCAAACAAAAGCUGAAGCAGACAAUUGGGUCAGUUUACUUCAAAAACACUCAAAUACUAGUAGUCCUUCUCAUGAUCCUGGACAACCACAAUCAUUACCACAUAUGGCCAUGAGCGACAGUAAUAAUUCUGAUUUAUCAUCCGGUCUAUCUAGCCACAAAAGAUCACAUUCAUUCAACAAUCAUCAAAGCUACACUCAACAUACGCAGCAAACACAGAAAAAUAAGCAAAAGAACCAUUCAGCGCGCUGGCUAUUAAAUUCCUGCGACUCGCUUGAUCAAUCGCCUGCCAAAACAAAUAAAAGUCCUAUCGGGAAGAAAUUCUCGUCUGUUGAUUUCAUCGAUAGUUCUGUCUCGAACUACAGCAAUAAAGGGUGGAGCAUAACAUGUUUGCGGCCCGCGCCACCGCUCAGACCGCAAUCAUUCACGGUCGGCUCGGACGAAAAUAUCGGUCCGACCCACCCUUACGCACCGCACCAGCGGAAGUCCAACUCUUACGAGGAAGACGCACUAAUCUUGAAGGUUAUCGAAGCGUACUGUACUUCCGCGCGGUGCAGGAACGCUGUUAGUUCCGUGGACUGCGGCCACUUUUCUCUUGGUAAAGUACAAUAUCACGCACCCGCUACUAACCUACCUCACUAUAACUAUACUAAACUAUCCGUCGUCCAGCGAAGUGAAACGCCAGAAUAUUCGAGCUAUAGCAAGACAUCAAAAGUGAAACGCAACAAGAGCUCAUCGGCGGCAGACUCUUACCUGUAUCGUGGGCCGGAGACGAGGAAGCUGCUAACGGAGCGCAAGUUUCAAUUGAAUCGUUCCAAUCCCAAUUUGUGGGAGUGUUCGGACGAACGUAGGAUGAAGUGGAACUGUGGACGCGAGCGGCGCAGCGGGUCGCACCCUAGCCUCGCGCCGCUGCGAAAUACGCUCCACGCGCCCGCGCCCUCCUCCGCUCCCGCGUCCGCUCCCCGCUCCGCUCGCUCCUCUACAUGGUGCUGCGGAACUUUCGUAAAGCAGCUCACUAAAUCGCACCAUUUCGAUUGACAUAAGUAGUUCCCUUAUCGUAUUUUUGCUCAGUUUCCCUAUUGGUUCCUAUAGAUAUUAAAUUAUGCAUUUCCGCCUAAUUUCCUGAUCGCUCAUUGUAUAAUCUAAAUCCUAAUCAUUUCUUAAAAUGAGGUGUGCGUGAUCGACUGAUCGUUGACUGGUGUUGCAUUCAUAAACUUGACAAUAACCAAAGCUGACUUCCACAGACUAAUAUAAUACUUUUAUAAACAUGCUACUAUUUACAUUUCAUUAUAAUAAUAAUUUAUUUGUUUAUCGUUAAUAUGACAAACGAUGUUAAUGUGAUUUAUAUUAAUAAUGUCAUUUUGUUACGUGCCAUUUUUAACGGUUUACCGUCUGUUAUAAAGCGUGUUAUCUAUGUUAACAUAGAUUUCCAUAUUAUUUUUAUAGUGCAUGUGUGCAUAUAAUAUAAUAAUAGUGCAUAAUAGUAAUGAAGCGGUUUAACUUUCAUUUCGCUUACUAGAUAUGACUAUCAUUCAUGGUGCAUUAAUAAUGUAGUAUAUAGAGAUGCAUGGUUUGGUUGUAAUUUGAAAUAUAUUUUUAAUGUUGUUAUUAUAAUAUGAUGCAGGAAAUAAAAUUUAUUAUAUUUGAA